AUUCACGCUUUUGAGCAGAAAAUGGCUGCUGCUGCUGCUGGGGCCCUAAGAAGGUUGCUGAAACCCUCGGCGGGCUGCACUUGGAGGGCGUGCGCCGCCGCCGGGCGAUGUCUUACGGCGUCGGCCGCUGCAAGCGGGCGGAAGUGUGUAACCGGCGCGGCGACAGCGUUCCCUCGGAUCCACUUCAGUACCAGUUCUUCAAAGUUUGUUCCUGCUGUCACCCAGCAUGCUCCCUACUUUAAGGGUACAGCUGUGGUUGACAAGGAUUUCAAAGAGCUGAGUUUAGACGACUUUAAAGGAAAAUACCUGGUUCUCUUCUUCUACCCUCUGGAUUUCACUUUCGUAUGCCCAACAGAAAUUGUUGCUUUUAGUGACAAAGCUAAGGAGUUCCGUGAUGUAAAUUGCGAGGUUGUUGCUGUAUCGGUGGAUUCACAUUUUUCUCACCUUGCUUGGAUAAAUACUCCACGAAAGGUACAAAGACAAUCAUUUUGUUCAUUAACAUUAACAGCUCCUGCUCUUCCUUUGUUAGAGCUCAGUCCUGGAAGGAUGGGUGAUUAACAUCUUCAGUUUUCUGUGUAGAAGGGAUACAGUACUAGUGAAUUUGCCCCACAGAAAAUAAAUAGGGUAGUCUGUUGGUACAAAAUCAUUGUUACUCAGGAUGGAUGAAAACUGAUGAUGUAAAAAUAAAAUUAAAAGAUUGGAUUGUUUUAUUG